UAAUACAUGUGAGGAACACUUUCACCCUACCGGUGAUGAAUUUAUAGCGACUAUAUGGUGGACGGUACCACCAUCGUGACCCCAGCGGUGACCCAGGAGCCACGCCCCCUUCACGCCGUCAGAUGACGUCACGGGUCCUGUCCCCUGUGGGACGGCGCGCUGCAGAGGGGACAGACGCCGCACCAGGACCGGGACGCGCGUGGAUCACAACAGCUGGAAAGUUUGCGGCUCCUUUUUUUGUGCAACAUCUGGCUCUUUGACGACCUCCAGGUUCACAGCAGUAAGGCAGCAAUGUUUCAGGUGGGCAAGAGGAGUGAGACUCCGAGAGGGCGAGGACCAGUGCACACUUGCAGAAGCAUCGACAUUGAAUGGAAGGAGGAUUUAACAGUUGAAAAGAGAGUUCAGAUCCUGCCGGCUCUCUCCCCCACACACCGCCUGAAGUCCCAUUUUCACUGAGUUGAUAUGGUGAACAGCAGAGUGGAGGCGCCUGCAGUGGCAGUGAUGGGCAGUGGCGGGGGUACGCCAGGCAGGUCAUGCGCAGGAUGUGGAAGUGGAAUCGUAGACCGCUUCCUGCUCUUCUCCAUGGAGCGGUACUGGCACACGCGCUGCCUCAAGUGCUCAUGCUGCCACGCUCAGCUGGGCGAGUACAGCAGCACCUGCUACAGCAAAGGAGGCAUGAUCCUCUGUAAGAACGACUACAUCAGGCUGUUUGGACACAGUGGUGCCUGUGGUGCUUGUGGACAGUCUAUACCUGCCAGUGAGAUGGUAAUGCGAGCUCAAGGCAACGUCUACCACCUUAAAUGUUUUACCUGUGCGACCUGUAGAAACCGCCUGGUCCCGGGUGAUCGUUUUCACUACAUCAAUGGGACGAUCUUCUGUGAACAUGACCGGCCAGGAGGAGGUCUGCACAGCGGACACCCAACUCCACUGCAAGCCAACACUAUGAUGUCUGAUCAGAAGGUGUGCUGAGGAGGAGGAUCGAAAAGAAACGAGUGUGUGCCUUGUCCUCCACCUUCCUCCCCUGUCCUCCCUCCUUCUCACUGUGAAUUCUGCCAUUGGCGACCUCCCUCCAUUCUGAUGGGGGGAUUAUCUAACUCCACAGUCUUGAUACAUAAUGGUUUUGGUUUCAACUGUCUAACAGCACCUGACUUGUCUCAGUAGACUAAGUCUUGUGCACCAUUAGAAGAAUGGGGAUUCUGAAGAUCAUUGGACAUUAUUUAUAUAUUAGGCUGUUUUUUACUGUGAACUGUGACUGGUAAGAACAAACAUGGCUAUGGGGGGGGGGGGGGGGAGACUCCUGUAGGAGGUGAACAAUAUUUCCUCAAAAACACAGAGCACCAUAAGGUCCAUACUGGUGGUUUUUUUCCUGAUUCAUCCAAUUAGCUAAAAUUUGUUUAUAUUGUAAAUUCUCAAAUUGCCUUUAUUUCUGUUAUUAUCUAUUAUUGUGCUGUAUUAGGCUUCAAUACUGCCCCUUCAAUGUCUCUUCCUCAGCUGACCUUUAUUUGUAUGUGCUGGCAUUUGGAACAUGGUCAUUAUUUAAAUACCAACUUCUAUACGAUAAUUUAUAAUACUAAACAUUCCUAUCAAUCAUUUUGCAAAGUGUACCAUCAGAAUUUUAGAUGGAUUUCCAACAUUUGCAGUUAGUUGGCUUUUUCGGGAGAAAAAAUGGUAUGCAGAAGGUAAUUCAUCCCUAUCAAGUAUUUGCUACCUUUCAAUUGAAUUUCAAAUCAUGGCAUGAACUAGCUGGAAAGUACUCUCAAAAAAUGGAAUAUAUGUUGUUGAAAAUGGUUACCAUCAUCACCUGCUGGAUGGAUUACUAUGAUAUUUGGUCCAGACAUUAAUGUUCUCCUCAGGAUGUAUUACAAUAAUUUCGAUUUUUCUGACUUUUUACUGGUGCAGCUAAAUUUUAAAUGUAUCCAAUACUUUGGUAUAUGAUCCGGUCUAAUCUACAAAAUUACAUUCCCCUCAGCCUCAGUUACACAAGUGUUAAUGUCAGUAUUUUUUAGCAAGCAAAUUAAACUACAUAGUGAAUGUGGUCAACAUUACAACGUUGUAUUUCAUUGUUUUAUACUGUAUUUACUCGAAGGCCUGUGAACUCAACAAUUAAGCUUCAUGGAGAAAUUAUUUUACAUUUGUACACAGUAUUACAGUGGAGAUAUACACAGAUUCAGUAGCAAAGCAACUAUGGUACUACAGGGCCAAGAAGACCAAGGUGCCCCCUCCAUGUACAGUAAAUGCCUCUCUGAAUACUUCACCAUAAUGUAUCUUUUGUUUCUUAAGGUGUUGAUGAGAGUUCAUCCUUAAUAUUUUUAGGGUUAUACAAUGUUUAUAAUUGUGUUUAGACAGGUUGUUCUACAAGAGAUUUCGCAGCUGUGAAAUAUAUUGUAUAUUCUAAAUGUUUAUUGCAGUACUUAGUAUCAUAGUUUUCCUGCUAAAACAGCUGUUCAUUAGCCUGGGUACCAGAUGAAUUCUGGGAGCUCAUUUCAUUUGCCCUUCCAGACUCGGUCUGGAUCUCCUCCAUUGGGAAGUGAUUUCCCUCCAGCAGAAAACUUGCCAGUCCAAUCACAACCGAUUAUCUGAUAGCUGGCGGGGUUUAUACCGUGCCAUGGAGAGAAGCGACUUUUGUAAACAUCCAAGAUGUCAGCUGCUGAUGAACGAGCAUUUGACUAUGAGUAUCUGAUAUCUUCAUAUUUCUCCCACAAAAACGACAACACUGGUUCACAGACAUUGUGGACUCUUCAUCCCAUCAUCUCUUCUCUGCUCUUGUCUGUUGACAUUUUCACGUUGCAUGACUCGUUGCUGUCACUGGUUGUAGGUCUAUCCAACUGUGUCUGAAAGCAUUUUGGUCUGUGUCCGUUGGUAACCCCUACAAAAUCGAAAUUGAACCGAGAGGUUCCAGACUAAUAUGCAUUUGAGUAUUAGUUUGGCUACGCUAAACAAAAAGGACUGGGGCUGUCUUUACAUUUUCAAAGAUAAAUUCGGAUGAUAUGUUUAAUGUGCUCCAAUAUCCUGUGUUGUGUGCUGCAGUAUAUGAAACAUUUAAUAUGUUGGUAAUGUGUUUUAUUGCUUUAAAUUUGCAUAGAAAAGAAAAUGACCUCUCAGAAGAGCUGUGUCUUCUGUGUGAUAAGGAUGAUUUGGCUACAGUAGGUAUAGAAGAGUUACGGUGCUGCUUCAGACUGAGGAGAAAGUAAGGAGGGCUUUUGGUUCUCAGACAAACAUGGCUGAUUACCCACAGGAAUGGGAUUUCAAAGGCCUGAGCGGAGGCCAUUACAGAAGCAAUUAAACUGGGAUGCGCUGGAGGCCUGCAUGGGCUUGAGCUGUACUCCAGUGUUGCAGCCUAAUGAGGCCUAAUCUGGUGAGGUGGUCUAAUUAAAAGGUACGGAUCUUUUUGUUAUGGGCACCAGGCAAGCAGAAGUUUGUGCUCUCGGUAGUUGACUGAGGGGAAAACGUACGUAAUGGCAGAAUAUGCUUUUUGCAAUUUUCAACCAUAGAAAUUUAGUUUUCUUUCAUUCUUUGUCAGUUCAAAUUAAAACAUAACUUCAUAUUUAUAA